CUAAAAGCGCCAUCAUUCUCUAGAUGGCACCGAUGGAGACGGUGUCGGCGUUUUGUGGUUCCUUCCUUGGCAGCUGACGGGUCGUAGUACCUUUAAAUCAGAGUGAAGUAAACAGCCUCACCGUUCCAGGAUCCCUCCAGCUAGCUGAGAAACUUCAGCGGAACGUCGCUGUCCUCCAGCUGACGCCGGUCGUCUCUCGGCUCCUUUCCUCAUGGCGGUCAACACUGACGUUCAAGACUGGGGCGACAUCAGCAGCGACUCCGGAGAACGAGCGAGGCUCCUGCAGAGCCCCAGCGUGGAUUCUGCCCGGCACCCCGAGGCAGAAGAGGGGAGCCGGGGCGUGUCGGCUGUGGGUGCCGUCUUCAUCGUGGUGAACGCCGCGCUGGGUGCGGGACUGCUCAACUUUCCUGCUGCCUUCAGCAUGGCUGGAGGAGUGACGGCAGGAGUGAUGCUGCAGAUGUUCAUGCUCAUCUUCAUCAUCAGUGGGCUGGUGAUCCUUGGCUAUUGCUCUCAGGUCAGCAAUGAGGGCACCUAUCAGGAAGUUGUUCGAGCCACUUGUGGGAAAGUCACAGGAAUCCUCUGUGAACUGGCCAUCGCCAUCUACACGUUUGGGACAUGCAUCGCUUUCUUCAUCGUCAUCGGCGACCAGUUGGAUCGUUUGGUCGCUGCUGCUGCUCAUGAAACGGACGGGUCACCUGAGGGUCACUGGUACACAGACAGGAAGUUUACCAUCGUCGUCACUGCAGUCCUGGUAAUUCUGCCUCUGUCCAUCCCCAAAGAGAUCAGCUUCCAGAAAUACGCCAGUGCUCUGAGUGUGAUGGGAACCUGGUACGUUACCGUUGUGGUUAUUGUGAAGUACAUCUUUCCAGACAAAGACAUGAACCCAGACCACGCUCCAGUCACUUCUGCUUCCUGGACUGCUGUUUUCAAUGCAAUGCCCACCAUAUGCUUUGGUUUCCAGUGCCAUGUCAGCUGUGUGCCGGUGUUUAAUAGCAUGAAGACGAAGGCGAUCAAACCGUGGGGGUUUGUAGUCACUUGCAGCAUGAUAAUCUGCCUUUUUGUCUACACAGGGACAGGCGUCUGCGGCUUCCUGACCUUUGGCUCCAGUGUGAAUCAGGACGUGUUGAUGUCUUACCCUCCUGAUGACAUCGCAGUGGCCAUUGCCAGAGCUUUCAUUGUCCUCUGUGUGGUGACUUCCUACCCCAUUUUACACUUCUGUGGCAGGGCGGUGGUAGAGGGCCUGUGGCUGCGUUUCCAAGGCGAGCAGGUGGAGGUGUGUGUUCGCCGUGAGCGGAGGAGGAGGAUCCUGCAGACGCUGGUGUGGUUCGUCGUCACCCUCGUCCUCGCGCUCUUCAUCCCAGACAUCGGCCGCGUCAUCUCGCUGAUCGGAGGACUGGCGGCCUGCUUCAUCUUCGUGUUCCCAGGUUUGUGUUUGAUGCAGGCCAAACUUUCAGAGACAGACAUUCGAACUAAAAGCUGGCAUUUAUUGGUGUUCCUUGGCGUUGCCAUGGUAACAGUCGGAGCCUUCAUCUUCGGCCUCACCACGUCCAACUCCAUCUACCAGGACGUUGUGAACUAAGAAGGAUCCUGUCUGCUGUUUCCUCCGUAACAAGAACCGUGCUGCUACUCUGGAGAGGAUUGGUUGGGGAACCACUAUGGACAGAUUUUAGUUGUUUUUUUUUUUUUUUCUCAGUGAAGUUUAAAAACUGCAUUUUUGUUUUUCUACCAUUAUCUGCUUCCAGAAGGAAUCAGACUGAUUGUUUUUUUUUUUUUUCUCCACCCCGCCGCUCAACUCUGCAUGACGCCUGUCUGGUUUACAAGAGCAGAAGGACUUUGGGCGGAGGGGUUUUAUAAUCACAUUGAUUUUUUUUUUUUUAUUAAUUAAAUUGUACCAAUUUGUGAGUUUUACCCUGCAUGUCGCCAUUAAUCACUGAAAAUGUGACGAUGUUUCCGUCCUACAUUGUCAUCAAAUCCAGGUGCUGCAGAUGGAUAAAAGGUGAAGCAUUUUGCUUCGGCGCUCAGCCAAAGUUGAACUGUGGGGGCGAGACUAAUGUACAUUUUAAACCGAGUAAAUCAUGUAUUUAUUUAGAUUUUCUUUUGUUGUUUACGUUGGACAGCUUAAGUAAAAACUCUUAAGCUUACUUGGAUUAAAUGCAGCUUCUGUCACGAUUACCCGGGUGUCCCGAAUCGGUCUACACGGGUCGGUGUCGUGUUCAACCAAAAGAAUGACUGGUUUACUGAACAACUAAUUGACCUGCGGAAGAGGUCAUCUGAAUCAUUUGUGUUGAGCACAGGGUGACCCUGGCCCCUGAGGACUGGGGUUGGAAACCCCUUUAAGGAGCCAGUUUUAAGAAAUUAACUUAAAAUGUAUCAGGAAGUCAUGUUUACUGGGGAAAAACAAGGGAAGAAAACUUCAAACGUUGGACACCAAAUGGUCCAGACAUCUGUGCUUUAUAACUGCAGCUCUUUUACAUUUAAAGGAAGAUGUAGUAAAUGUUAGGAAGACUAGUGUGUCAGCGCUGAAGUUUUAUUUUAUUUUUCUUUUCCUAAAAUGAUGUAAUUUGUAGAUGAGGGAAAGCACUUUAAAACGAUCUUUUUCUUUUUUUUGUAAAUGGUUUGUUUGGUUUGCUGCAAUCUAAGCCAAAAUUGUUGUGGUGUAUUUAUUUAAACUCGUUCCUAAUGUUUCCAUCUUUUGUUCAUAUAUAUUGAGUUUUGUGCCUAAGCAUUUGGGAUUUUUUUUUUUUUAAUCUAUAUUUUCCCUAAUGCACUUUUUGGGUCUGCUUCAUCUGAUUUAUUACAGGAAAAAUCAACACUAAUCAAAUAUUGAUCUGACGGCCUUGUUUUUAGAAUUACUUGAAAAUCUUUCAAAGCAAUGAAUUUUAAAAGCAUGUGGAAAAAGUGAUUAAUAAAAAAUACAUUAAAAACAAAAUAA